GGACACUAACGUGCUCUCUUGCGUAACACUCGCUCGCGCCUGCCCGCGCAUGCGCAGACGCGCUGUGGUCUGUCCGCCAUUGAAACACACGAUCUCCGAUAGAAACGGGUCAGAGGCAGUGACACAGACGACACUCACGUUUCUCCAUUCCUCGUGCUCCGAAGUUUGACGGUUACCGUUUUUAACAACGUCUUUUUACAGUCCGUUUACACCGGUGUCUUCCCUUUCUGUCCCGAGGUACGUUUGAUGGACCAGCACGGAAUAUUUUAGCAGCGUUUAGCGUUCCCGUUAGCGGGUUAAAGCGAACCGAGCCUGGCUCUGCUCUGGGGGCAAGUACGCCUGCAGCAGCUCAGCGUUUGAUGGAUCCUAGAAUCACCUGGUUUCAGCCAGAACAGCGCGGACCUGCCAACAACCUGUGGAUGCACAUCUGGGAAACGUCGCAAACGCUGGGAAAUCUCUACUUCAACAACAACUGCAACACAGCCAGCUCCAAACUGACGAGCGGCGGCGGAGGCGACGGUGCGUCGAGUAACGCGGCCGACAGCAGCGGCAAGCCUAAGGACCAUCAGGGGAUGUCUGGAUCCAAACCCGACAGUGAGGUCUCCGAACAACUAGACUUCAUCCCUCUGGAAGCUAUUAACAACAACAACGGCGGCGGCGGCAGGGCAGGCAGGGGUGUCGGCGGAGGGGGGCAAGUGGGUGGCAGCAGGGUCGCCGGAGUGGGAACGGAGUUGCCAAGCAAGAGGAAAAGAGACAACAAGGCGAGCACCUAUGGCUUUAACAGGAGUCUGCAGCAGACCGAUGGGGCGGAGGACAUAUACACGGGCACGCCGUGGAAGAGCAGGAACUACUCGGAAGGCGUUUUGGGGCUGCAUGAGGAGAUAAAGGACUUCUUUGAGUAUAUUUCUCCUCGUCCAGAGGAGGAGGACAUGAGACUAGAGGUGGUGACUAGGAUCCACAGAGUCAUCAAAGACUUGUGGCCCAAUGCCGAGGUUCAAGUGUUUGGCAGCUUUAGCACAGGCUUGUAUUUACCUACAAGUGAUAUAGACCUGGUGGUGUUUGGUCACUGGGAGACUUUACCUCUCUGGACUCUAGAAGAGGCACUGCGCAAGAGAAAAAUUGCAGAUGAGAACUCUGUCAAAGUCCUAGACAAAGCAACGGUCCCCAUCAUUAAACUGACAGACUUGGACACAGAGGUAAAAGUGGACAUCAGCUUUAACGUACAGAAUGGCGUUAAAGCUGCAAACCUCAUCAAGGACUUUAAACAGCAAUUUCCCGUAUUGCCGUACCUGGUGCUGGUUUUGAAGCAGUUUUUACUGCAGAGAGAGCUGAAUGAGGUUUUUACAGGAGGAAUCGGAUCAUACAGCCUGUUCCUCAUGGUUGUCAGCUUCUUACAGAUGCACUACAGAGAAGACGCGUGUAGUUCAAACCCAAACCUCGGUGUGCUGUUGAUCGAGUUUUUUGAGCUGUACGGACGGCAUUUUAACUACCUGAAGACGGGGAUCAGGAUCAAAGACGGUGGCUCGUAUGUGGCCAAAGAAGAAAUUCAGAAAGGCAUGCUGGAUGGGUACAGACCCUCUAUGCUUUACAUCGAGGAUCCUUUGCAGCCAGGAAAUGAUGUAGGGCGAAGUUCAUAUGGGGCGAUGCAGGUGAAAGAUGCUUUUGAUUACGCUUACGUCGUCUUAAGUCACGCUGUGUCCCCAAUUGCCAAGUACUACCCCAACAACAAGUCAGAGAGCAUUCUAGGCCGAAUAAUCCGUGUCACACAGGAAGUAGCAGAGUACCGUGACUGGAUCAGUGCAGAGUGGGGCCAGCAGAGCAACAAUGAGCCGGUCAUCAAUUGUAAUGCAAAUGAUGUCACGCGGCUAGUUGAGUCUGAAGAGCUUGAUGAGUGUAAUAAUAACUUUCCAGAAGAUAGUACGGCGCUUCCUGCUGUCCCCCGGAGCAAAGUGUCAUCAAUCUCUUCCUCUCCUUCCCCAUCUUGCUCUUCGUCACCAUCAUCGUCAUCUUCAACAGCCUCUAGCUCAAGCGAUGCGGACUCUGAUGGAACGCCCUGUAAAACUUCAAAAGCUUUGGGCCGGGGCUCUAACUCUUACAGUGAGAAUACAGAAAGGAAUCUGUCCAAUCACAGGUCACAAAAUCAUUCAGCAACAAUGCCCACCCCCACUAAUAAGGGCAACAAGAGCCGACAGUUUGCUAACAAAAGUGCUCAAGGCUCACACAGCAACCCCAACAAGACCCAACAAAACAGCAAGUCCCAAAAAGUGCACAUGAAGAAGAGGAAACCUCAGAGUGAGGUGGUGCGUGAGGACUUCUGUAGAUAGGGGGAGCUGUUCCCGCAGACUCACACCUGCUCUUAAUGUCCCUGACCACAGAAGGGUGCUGCUGGUAUCAUUUAUCUCUCCUGUCCCACUCUUUAAGAGAUGCGUGUGACUUUGUAGCUGGAAAAGGAAAAGAAAAAAAAAAAGAAUAAUUAAAGUGGGGCGUAGGCCAUGGGAUUGAAAUCAUGUGGGAGAGUUUAGGCUUGAUCUCCACUGGCUUCUGCACAGCUUCUGCUCACUGCCCACACGGGAGCUGCACUGCUCUACCGGAGACGUGGAGGACCAGAGAAUGUAGGAGAGAGAAUUCCACUUGAGCAAUACCUGAAGCCCUGGACUUUUGCCUCACUGAGGACAACUGAAAUAAAAAAAAAAAAAAAAAAAAAACAACAACUCGAAUUACAAAAAAAAAGGUUAUAUUGAAAGUGCAAAGAUUUUUAAAUGUCUAAAACAAAUUUAAAAUGUAAUUAGUACAAG